CCUCUCCCGCUCCGGCUCGGGCUAGCGCCGGCGCUGUUCGGGAUCUGCCCGCCGCCGUGCCGCCGCCUGCUUUGUGCUUUCCCCAGAAGAUGGGAGCGACCUCUUCCUGCUCCGGAGCUAUUUGAAAAGAGGGAGCGCGCCGCGUUUCCUGCGAGAGUGGAGGGACUGGGGGAGAAUCCAUUCACACUCCGCAGCCCAGUAGGUCGAGACAUUUGGAAGUCUCAUUGAGCAACAUGCUGCGAUUCAGUCUCUCACCCACAGUUUCACUGGGGUUUCAUCUGCUAGCUAUGAUGGCUCUCCUAAUUUCCCAUGUGGAUCAUAUAACUGCUGAGACAGAAAUGGUGGAAGAAGGAAAUGAAACCGGUGAAUGUACUGGCUCAUAUUACUGUAAGAAAGGGGUGAUUUUGCCCAUUUGGGAGCCCCAAGACCCUUCUUUUGGGGACAAAAUUGCUAGAGCAACUGUGUAUUUUGUGGCCAUGGUCUACAUGUUUCUUGGCGUCUCUAUCAUCGCUGACAGGUUCAUGUCCUCCAUAGAAGUCAUCACAUCGCAAGAAAAAGAAAUAACCAUAAAGAAACCCAAUGGAGAGACCACCAAGACAACUGUGAGGAUCUGGAAUGAGACUGUGUCUAACCUGACCUUGAUGGCCCUGGGAUCUUCUGCUCCUGAGAUCCUCCUUUCAGUCAUUGAAGUAUGUGGCCAUAACUUCACUGCAGGAGACCUUGGCCCAAGCACCAUUGUGGGAAGUGCUGCCUUCAACAUGUUCAUCAUCAUCGCCCUUUGUGUUUAUGUGGUCCCUGAUGGAGAGACAAGGAAGAUCAAGCAUUUGCGUGUGUUCUUUGUAACAGCAGCCUGGAGCAUCUUUGCCUAUACCUGGCUUUAUAUCAUUUUGUCUGUCAUUUCUCCUGGAGUUGUGGAGGUCUGGGAAGGUUUGCUUACUUUCUUUUUCUUCCCUAUCUGUGUUGUGUUCGCAUGGGUAGCAGACAGGAGGCUUCUGUUUUACAAGUAUGUCUACAAGCGUUAUCGGGCUGGCAAGCAGAGGGGAAUGAUUAUAGAACACGAAGGUGACAGGCCAUCUUCCAAAACUGAAAUCGAAAUGGAUGGGAAAGUAAUCAACUCUCAUGUUGACAAUUUCUUAGAUGGCGCUCUGGUUCUGGAGGUCGAUGAAAGGGACCAAGAUGAUGAAGAAACUAGGAGAGAAAUGGCAAGGAUUUUGAAGGAACUUAAGCAGAAGCACCCAGAGAAGGAAAUAGAGCAAUUAAUAGAAUUAGCUAACUACCAAGUCUUAAGUCAGCAGCAAAAGAGUCGAGCAUUUUAUCGAAUUCAAGCUACUCGCCUGAUGACUGGAGCUGGCAAUAUUUUGAAGAGGCACGCAGCUGACCAAGCGAGGAAGGCUGUCAGUAUGCAUGAGGUCAACACGGAAGUGGCUGAAAAUGACCCCGUUAGUAAGAUUUUCUUUGAGCAAGGAACAUACCAGUGUCUGGAGAACUGUGGUACAGUGGCCCUGACCAUUAUCCGCAGAGGUGGCGAUCUGACCAACACUGUGUUUGUUGACUUCAGAACAGAGGAUGGCACAGCCAAUGCUGGGUCUGAUUAUGAAUUUACUGAAGGAACUGUGGUCUUUAAACCUGGUGAGACACAAAAGGAAAUCAGAGUGGGCAUCAUUGACGACGAUAUCUUCGAGGAGGAUGAAAAUUUCCUUGUGCACCUGAGCAAUGUCAAAGUAUCUUCUGAGGCUUCAGAAGAUGGCAUACUGGAAGCCAACCACAUCUCUACCCUCGCUUGCCUCGGAUCACCCUGCACUGCCACUGUUACUAUUUUCGAUGAUGACCAUGCGGGCAUCUUUACUUUUGAGGAACCCGUGACCCAUGUGAGUGAGAGCAUUGGCAUCAUGGAGGUGAAAGUAUUGAGAACAUCUGGAGCUCGAGGAAAUGUUAUCGUUCCCUAUAAAACCAUCGAAGGGACUGCCAGAGGUGGAGGGGAGGACUUUGAAGACACCUGUGGAGAGCUCGAAUUCCAGAAUGAUGAAAUUGUCAAAACAAUAUCAGUCAAGGUAAUUGAUGAUGAGGAGUAUGAGAAAAACAAGACCUUCUUCCUUGAGAUUGGAGAGCCCCGCCUGGUGGAGAUGAGUGAGAAGAAAGCCCUGUUAUUGAAUGAGCUUGGUGGCUUCACAAUAACAGGAAAAUAUCUGUAUGGCCAACCUGUCUUCAGGAAAGUUCAUGCUAGAGAACAUCCGAUUCCCUCUACUGUAAUCACCAUUGCAGAUGAAUAUGAUGACAGACAGCCGCUAACCAGCAAAGAGGAAGAGGAGAGACGCAUUGCAGAACUGGGGCGCCCCAUCCUGGGAGAGCACACCAAGCUGGAAGUGAUCAUUGAGGAGUCCUACGAAUUCAAGAGUACGGUGGACAAACUCAUUAAGAAGACAAACCUGGCCCUGGUAGUGGGUACCAACAGCUGGAGAGAACAGUUCAUUGAGGCUAUCACUGUCAGUGCUGGGGAAGAUGACGACGAUGAUGAAUGUGGGGAGGAGAAGUUGCCCUCCUGUUUUGACUACGUGAUGCACUUUCUGACUGUCUUCUGGAAGGUCCUGUUUGCCUUCGUCCCCCCUACAGAAUACUGGAAUGGCUGGGCGUGUUUCAUCGUCUCCAUUCUCAUGAUUGGCCUACUGACAGCUUUCAUUGGAGACCUGGCUUCCCACUUUGGCUGCACCAUUGGCCUAAAAGACUCCGUGACUGCUGUUGUGUUCGUCGCACUGGGAACUUCAGUGCCAGACACAUUUGCCAGCAAAGUGGCAGCCACCCAGGACCAGUAUGCAGACGCAUCCAUAGGUAACGUCACGGGCAGCAACGCAGUGAACGUCUUCCUGGGAAUCGGCGUGGCCUGGUCCAUUGCUGCCAUCUACCAUGCAGCCAAUGGGGAACAGUUCAAAGUGUCCCCUGGCACACUAGCUUUCUCUGUCACUCUCUUCACCAUUUUUGCUUUCAUCAAUGUGGGGGUGCUGCUGUAUCGGCGGAGGCCAGAAAUUGGAGGUGAGCUGGGUGGGCCCCGGACUGCCAAGCUCCUCACAUCCUGCCUCUUUGUGCUCCUAUGGCUCUUGUACAUUUUCUUCUCUUCCCUGGAGGCCUACUGCCACAUAAAAGGCUUCUAAAGGAACAGUCAGAUAUAGUAAAUUUAUAUAUAUAUACAUAUAUAUAUAUAUAUAUACAUAAAAAUUGUGUAUAACGAACAGAGGAGACUGACAUUGGUCACGUUCACUUACCUGCUGAUGGAAUCCAGCUUCAAAAGCAUACUCUGUACUAGGGUCGAAGUCAGAAACCAUCACCUCCCAUUCCCAGGGCAUCGUCAUGUUGAACAAGACACAGAGGCAGGGCCAUCUCUGCAGCUCAGCCAAGAGGGGCUGUCCUCUCUCCAGGUUCACAAACGGUGAAGGCUUUGAUUUGUUUUCUUGUUUUUGGCUUUACUUUCAGUGGGGUUGGGGAGGUAGCUGAUAUUUGGCUUUUUGUUCGUUUUGGUUUUUGGUUUUGUUUUGUCAGGAGGGCCAGGGUUUUUGCUUCUCCUCUGUGGGAGGACCCAUCCAAAUGUAAAAGGCUUUGGGGUAAAAAAUCAAAAUCCUGAAGAUUCCCCUCACCUCCCCGCAAACAUUUUCAAAAUCACUUUGGAGUAAGAAAGGAUCUGGGCAUGGAAGAAGAAAGAAAUGUGUCUUCGCUUAUUACCAAAUUUCACGCUCAUCUUCUGAAGGUGAACAGAGGUGAAGCUGCCUCCAAGAAGCACGGGAGCUGGAAUGGAGCCAGGAAAAGAGAUGGUUCUACAUACAGGCUAAUAUUUAGAGAUAUGGUGCCCUGCACUCUUGUUCAACAGGUACAGGGGUAACGUGCCUAGAUUCCCAAGAACAUGCAAAUUCCUUUUUGUUUUUCUUAUCUCUUUAGCCCCAGACUGUGAUUAGCAAAGCCCUUAUCUGGUCCAGCCCAGCUAAACCCCAAGAGUCCCAUCCCGACCCCCUUCCUCCUGCUCCCCUGCCCUCCAUACGAUCCAGAAGAAUAAUCCCAUCCUAAAAGCACACCAUCCCUUUCCAUCUGCAUCAGUGUGUGCCCAGCCCCACGUUGCUGUUGCCUGGGAUUGUCUGUCAGUUUUGUUUUCCGAAGCAUCCAUGGCUUGCACAAUCCUGUCCCAGUCAUGACUGAACAUUUGCUACUUUUCGUGUGCCUGUUUGGGAAUGUUGACGUGAUACCUGUUACACAGUGCAUGGAUGAAAAACAAAUAAAACAAAACAAAGUGUAUCUGUACAUAGUAGAGUAUAGCGUAUACUGUUCUCCCAUUCAGCAAUGUUGAUUGGACAUUGAAGACAUAAGUGAGUUUUCUUUUCACCUGAAUUGUUACUUUUGUGUUGUUCCUUAGUUUGAUUGAUACUAGGGAUAAAAGAAGAAAAUGGCUUAUUGUUCAUGAAUCUGCACAUUCAUUUCUAAGAAGCAAUAACUGUCCUGUGGAGAGAAUGAAAGCUAUUGAGAGGAUAUCAGGCAAACUCAAAGAUCUUCAAGGAAAGUUAGCCAUGUGGAACACAUCAGAGGCCUCCUAAAUCACCCACUCAUUCAGGAAGGCCAAAGAGAAGGCACUGGAAAGGAGUGUAUGCGCUAGGUGUGCCUGGGCUUUUGGGGCCACCGUUUCUACAUCACCCCUUCCCCCGAAGUAUUUAUUGCACAUCUGCUCUGUCUGGAACAGAUGAUAGAUUGUGCUGGUUUGUUUGUUUUAUUGUUUUCUAUGUAAAGGCUAUCUUGAGCAUUGUUUGUUUCAUCUUUCAGUCCAGACCCCACAGACUGUAUCAGUGAUUCCUGAGUAGGCGAGGAGCCAGGGUGACUGAUGGGCCUUUAAAAGUUUGUCCCUCUCCUUAUGACUGAAGAGAACCCCUUAGAAGGAAUGGCUCUUUCUUUUUCAAGAGACCAAAGAGCCUGAAUAAACCUAACAUUCCAAAGCAGUGAUUCCACUAAUGAGGGAAAAUGGAAUAGUUUUGCUCACCUCUCAGAGAUUUUACGGUUUCUGCAGGAACUCAGGCUGAAGGCAUCCCUGACCAUCUGUAUUGAUUCAGAGAUACUUAAGAAAGAAAUACUGCUGAGGCUUUUUUCUCUCCUUCCACUCAGUAGUCACAACUAUUCAUUUCAUAAACAUCUAACUGAAGGCUGGUUGCACACUCAAUAUGCCACGUAGCACACCGCUUCCUGGGAAUGGAAUCAUGACCAAGACAGCCCAAACGCCUGCCCACUGGGGGUACACAGUGAAUGUGAUGCCUACUUCAUGUGUAAAAGCAGACACAGCCAUACCGAAAUAGUUUAUAUUGCAAGGGAAAAAAAUUAUGAAACUAUUUUAACAUAAACACAUUAAAACUGUACAAAGAAAAGUGUCCGUGUAGCUGAGAUUUUUAAAACCUAGAUUUGGAAAAAGCACCCUCUGUGUCUUUGGCCAACUCGCAGAUAUGUUCCAUAAAGCAGGAAGGGCAACCGCUCUCAGCAACCCGCAUCACUAAGAAGGCCCAGUUAACUCGUUUAUAUUUUUGUGGCAGCAAUAGUUUUCCACGAGCUCCCCCGAUCUGUCAGAGCCCACUGACACCAGUGACUGUGUCAGGUAGGGGUGCAUUCUAGUCCAUUACCCCCAUUUUUGAAGAUUUAAAAAAAUACAGCAAGCUAGCCUAGAAACACCAAGUAAAUAUAGGCAAGGGAUAUGUUGUUUAAACAUUAGAAAGAUUUUGCACUCAUUUUUAGCCACUUUUGGAAUAUAAUCCCAUAGCAAAUCUUCACAGGAGACUUUCAGAAAUUCUUGCUAUUGGUCAAUUUCAAUUUCAAAGCUUUUUGGUUUCUUUGCCUUUUCAGUUUUCAUGCUAUAGGGAAAACUAUGAUUCUGGUUGUUCAGGGUUGUUAUUAAUUAUUAUAGUUGUGUAAAAUUGUUUCAUUUUGUUUGUUUGAUUAUUUUAUUUGGUGUGUAUUGUGCACAGCUUUGGAGGGAAGUGCACUAAUUGUGCUGACCCUUAUAAAUGGUACACCUUAUCGACACAGACAAAUAAAGUUUCUAAUUGUUUCUGAUUUAAUCACUAGUGAUACGGAAUAUUCUAUAUGGAUGUUUUCUCUCUUCUCAUUGUCAUCUACUCCAUUUUUUUUGUUUUCAUGCUUUGAAAAAAAUAAAGACCAAAAAGGUAUUACUGUGCAAUUGAUAUCCUGACCCAAGGUAGAUGCAAGGUGUUCAACCUCUUCCACAUGCCACCCCUCUGCUUAAUACAACAUAGUCUUUUUAAUGUCCCAAGAGAACACAGAGCCAGAAUAUUUGUCUUCCAGUCUUGAAAUAAAUAUUGGCAUUCCUGCAUUUCACUAUUUUCUUUUUUACAUCUUUAGUAUGGGUCUAUCUACAUCCUUUCUGUAUCCAGGAACAUGAUAAAGAAGUAGUAACAUGUCAGGCAACAUCUGAGUGCACAUUGUAUUAGGGCAAAUCAUUCAGUCUUGCUAAAACUGAGCAAGGGAAGUGUUGUUACUUCCCAAGAGAUACCUGAGUGAAAUUUUUUUUCCUUUAACAGCAUACCCUGUAUUCCUUUUGAGUACAGUAUACAGUAGAACUUCUACGUUGUAUGAGUAAGUUCCAACUAAUUAUACAUGAUUAACCUCAUAUAAUCAAAACAGCAUAUAAAGAGGUGUCACCAGAACUAAAUAAGCAUCUGUGGGGAAAAUAUGUGACUGCUUACUGUAAUAGAUAGAGUCUGUUCGCUAGGUGCAUGUAAAUGAUACUUUAGCCAUCCAAACCUCUUUAAAUUCUUCCAUGGAAUUCUUCCUUAUACCAUUACAUGUCAUGUAGUGGCACAUGUGCUGGAUGGUCAUGUGUGGCACACUUUUAUAUAUGAAGGAAAUAAAUGACUUUUAAAUAUUUGCUUGAAUCAAAUUUCCCCUAGGUGCCAGUCUUUGGUUUAAUGGAAAAUAAGCAGCCAGUAUUUACUGGUUUCAAGAACAAAAUGAGUAAUUCAAUGACCAAAGUAUCCUUGACUACUCAGCAACCUUCAGUAAAAUCCUCUGAGCAAAAUUUUAAUUCAAAGAUUUUGAUUCCUCCUUCCACCAGUGAAGAUAUUAGAGUGCUUUGUUUUCUAUGGUUCAUAGCAUAAACGCACUAAAAUUUGUUGCAGUGACCUUCCAAACUUAAAAUUAAACUACAGAAUAUGCUCUUUGAAACAGCCCUGCAGAGGUUCUACUAGGCGGCUCUCACCUGAUUCACAGGUGAUACCACAGCCCAAGGCCUCUGAUUAUAACCUGUCACAAUAAAGUGACUUGUUUUCUCUGCAUUCAAGAUCUUGAUGAAAGAAAUUAGAAAAUUUUCUCUGGAAGAAGAUAAAGCCUUCUGUUUUCUGAUAGUGACAAAACUUCGCCUUUUCAAGAACACAAAUGAACCCCAGUAAGGCUUCCUUCAGUAUUUCUGGGCUCAUGUUGAGUCUCUUUUUUGGCCGUGAUUUUUCUUUCUCGGCUCUUGCACAGUUGCAUGCACAAUAAGUCCUGAGUGCAGUUUCAUGACUGGAGGAACAUCUGAACACUUUGUGAUUAACAGUAUACAACACUGGACUUCAUCCAGCCUACAGCUGGCAUUCAGCAUUUGUUAAAAUAAUCAUUGCCCUGGGCCAAGGCAUUCUAACUGUUGUAGAACCAAGCAAAGAUAAGUGAGGAUUUCAAAUUAAUAAAUCAGUGCACUAUGCUAAAGAGAGACACCAAAAUCACAUUAUCUUACAGAGAAAGAAAGUUGCUGUCCUGAGUGUGUCCAUUAGCUUUUGUUCAGAUCUUGCUACAGAUUUUUGUUAACAGGUUUCACUUUUACCAUUCUUUUCUAACAUCAUAUACUUACCUCUUCUUUCCAUAUUCAUCAUCUUCACAUCACCUAGCACAUUUCAAGAACAUAUUUGGUUUUCUACCUGCAAAAAUAGCAUAGAAAAGCAGGCAUGGUACAGGCCUGCAAUUUUGGUACUUGGGAAACUGAGGCAGGAGGACUGCCACAAGUUUGAGUUCAUGGACAGCAUAAACUAUGUAGUGAGACCCAAAAAAAUGGUAGCAUAGAAAGGGUAGAGCCCUAAACUAGACAUUUCAUUUUUGAAGUUUACUCAGUCUAUGGCUAAUUAUCUCUGAAGCAGAAAAUGUCUUACCUGUAGAAGGAGCAGCCACUGAGAAGUGGAACUCCCAGGAGAGAAAGUGCUUCAGUUUUCCAACUCACAGGAAGUGGUAAGUAUCCAGCUUUCUGUGUCUUUUCCUUGGCCUGCCAAGAUGUCUAAAAAGCUAUACUCAAGAGCUCUCCAAAUUUUCAGGUUUUUAAGUCUUCUAUUUUAUAGUAAUAUAAAUUAUUAUUUAUUCUGAUGUAUACAUUUGGAGGAGACCACUACUCCUAGCUUCAUCUUCCCUCUCCCUGCUGUCCACCUUGGCAGCAUUUCCAUUGGCUACUCCCAGUACAUUCAACUACUCUGACUGUUGCUCUUACCCUGCCCCCAUCAAUAGGUUAAAAGCUCAUGCAAAAAGCAAUUGCUCAGGAUGUGAUUUCCUGAAAGUGACUUUAUCAUAGGAAAAAUCAAAUUUGCCUUUCCACCUAUAUCAGUCUUUAGAACAUAGUAUGGUAUCUCUACAGCUGUUGAGGACAGAUUAUACCCUAAGGUUACAUAUAAUAGCAGUAUUACUGAUUUUUCUACUUCCUGGAAGCACAUUUAUCAUGCUUCAGUACCCAUCUGUCUGGCCCUCUAUCAAUACAUACAUACAUAGAUCAGGAAUGAGAAUGUACACGUCCCCCCGCAAGUCCUAGAACAGUUCCUAUGAAGGUGAAGUCUGUAAAUAUAGAAGUAUAAAAAGCAUAUAGCCUCCAUGCCUCUGAGAAAGUUGAAUGUGAGAAAGUAACUUGAAUGUGUGUUUGUAGGCGCUAUAUUUCUGAUGUGCAAAUGGCACGAACAUCCACAAUAAUAACCAGGCACACUGACAUAAAAAUUAGCCAACUUCAAUGCUGCUGAGUCAUUUUUGAUGGUACCCAGGUUGCCCCCUCUAGAUUGUUGACUGAAGAGACAGCUUUACCUAUCCAAUUCAAAGAACAUAUUUGGGUGAGGGGAAUUAAUUCACUAGGAUGAUGCUAUCACACCCUCUGUACCAGAAAUUGUCUAUUCAGUUGGAAGGGGAGGGCUUAGAGAUUUUUCAGAAACCUAUUUCUAUAUUCCUAAAGAAUUUUUAAUUUACUCUUUGACUCCCUGAAAUCAGAGUAAGAAAUGAUAUAGACCUUCACUAAAAAUGUACUUUAGCUUUGCCAUGACCUGCCCUUUAAUAUAAAAACCAGAUUCUUGACCUUAUAUACUAUUCUUUUAAAAAUACAAAGUAAAAUUUUAUUAAAUAAGCAAGUAUUCAAAGACUUUUAAA